AUGAAAUCUAAAGACCUUCGACAAACUGUAGUGCGAAUGACUAAUGACGGGUUAUCAGCACGUGAAAUUGCUAAACAACUACGAAUGGUUGACACCGAUCAUACAAUCAGACGGUGGCAACAUUUAUAUAAAACAACAGGCACAAUUGAUUUGAAUACACCUGUUGGUAGACCAAGAAUUGUACGAACAAAACAUCUGAUGAAUAAGGUGAAACAUAGGUUUAAUUAUAAAAGACGACGAAGUGCAAGGCAAUUGGCUAAAUCACUUGGGAUUUCCAAAGGAAUAAUUGGUCGUAUAAUUCGAGAAGAUCUCCAUUUACAUGCUUAUCACGUUACAACUCAGCCAAAUCUUAAAGAUGACUACAAACAACCAAGAAUUUCAUUUGCAUACUGCGUGAACAAAUCAUUACGAAAAAAAGACCGUGGUCAAAUUUUAUUUACUGAUGAAAAAUAUUUUGGAUUAGAUGGAAUAUUGAAUCGCCAGAACGACCGUGUCUAUGCUGCAAGUCGACAAGAAGCUGAUGAACAUGGUGGAACAAGACCAGUAUCCAAGUUUCCAAAAAGAAUAUUGGUAUGGCUAGGUGCAUCUAGAAAUGGUCUUACAACUCCGAUCAUAUUCAAACCUGGUGAAACAUUAAAACAUAUAAACUAUAUUAAGGUUGUUCUUCCUCAUGCAUUAGCCGAAGGUAGACGUCUACUAGGUGAUGAUUUCAUUUACCAGCAAGACAAUGCAACGCCGCAUACUCACAAGAAAUCAAUAACAUGGAUUAAGAAGAACUUCAAACGGUUCAUCGAUGCAAAAAAAUGGCCUCCUAAUAGUCCGGAUCUCAACAUUUUGGAUUAUCAUGUAUGGGACGCCAUAGGUCACCAUACGCAUUAG